CCACCCAGCGCAGCGCUCCCCGCGGGUCCGACCGUGGCUCCCAGCGCCCCCGCGCCGCGCACACCGCCCGGAGGCGCCUGCUCCAGGGACCGCGACCUGAGCUCCAGUCCGGUCCGGUUGGCGACAGAGCAGAAGCUAUUCUCAGCGGGAUCAUUCGUAAGCCAGAGACACUAACGCUGUGACAUAUGCCCGUCCCACCGCCACCACCCCCUCCUCCUCCGCCUCCACCUCCCCCACCCCUGGGGGCUCCCCCUCCUCCCCCACCAUCAGCACCUGUGAUAAGCACAGACACUCCCAGCUUGAGGAAGGCAGAUCUUAAAGGUCGGAGUGCACUAUUGGCUGACAUCCAACAAGGAACUCGCCUACGGAAAGUCACGCAGAUCAAUGACCGAAGUGCCCCGCAAAUUGAGAGUUCAAAAGGAACAAACAAAGAAGGAGGAGGUGCCACAACUCCACGAGGAGGAAGCACGCCCCCAGCCCUGGGAGAUCUGUUUGCGGGGGGCUUUCCUGUUCUACGACCAGCAGGCCAGAGAGAUGGAUCAGGUGGCAGGACAGGGCCGGCCCCUGGCUCCCGAGCGCCAUCUCCGCGGCUACCCAACAAAGCUCCGUGCGCCCCGUCUACGCCCACCGCCUCCCCCAGGCCCGGUCCCUCGCGCCCCGGGGUGCCCGCGCCCGCGCCCCCCACCGCGCCCCCGCCGCCCCCGCCGCUCCCCGCCCCGUCCCCCAUCAAGGCCCCAUCGGGGCCCCCCAGCAAAGGAAACCCUCCGGCCGCGCCGCCCCCGCCGCCGCUCCCGGGUGACAAGGCCCUGAAGGCCCAGCUGGCCCCGCUGCCGCUGCCGCCCGCUCCCCCGCCGCUGCCCCUGCUGCCGCCCUGCGGGAACCCGGGGCUAGCGGGGGGCGCGGCCAGCCCGGCCCCCGAGCCGCCCCCGCCGCCCCCUCUGCCCGCCUACGCUCCCUGCACCCCCAGGUCCUCGGGCCCGGCGCCUCCCUUACCAAGCAGCAAUGAACCGCCACCUCCACUGCCCCCCAAGUCCCCCUGCUACCCGGCCCAGCCCGCCAAGCCCAGCGCGCAGCCCGGACCCCCGGGGACUCAGCCCUAUGUGCAGAAGAAACGCCCUGGCCGCGGCCCAGGGACAAGUGGCGGGAAGCUCAACCCGCCCCCUGCACCCCCGGCCAGGUCGCCCACCACGGAGCUUUCCAGCAAGAGCCAGCAGGCCUGGACCUCCAACCAGCAGCCAGGAGGGCAGCUGCGGAAUGGGAACCUGCCCACCAUGGAUGACUUUGAAUCUAAAUUCACCUUCCAUUCAGUGGAAGACUUUCCUCCUCCGGAUGAAUAUAAACCAUGCCAGAAGAUUUACCCCAGCAAGAUGCCCAGAAGCCACCCCCCUGGCCCCUGGCUCCAGGCUGAGGCAACAGGGCCCGGCUCAGAGGACAUCAAAGGCAGAAACUCUCAGUUAGCUAUGAAGACUCUCCGGUGAGAAGACAGAUGAAGCCCAGUUUCCGUGCGCCCCCUGGGCCUCCCCCUCAAGGCGGGCACCCCAGAGAACAAGUCCCUCCCACUCAUCAUCCAGCUGACUCACUUGCCCUCCUGGUUCCAAGUGGAGCAUUUAUUUAUUGUACAUAGGUGGUGUGCGCAGGCUGUAAGCAGUAUUGUCGUCAACUUUUAUUUAAGUCAUUUUUAAGACGACCCACUUACCCCAUUUUUAAGUGUAUUCUGUUCCUUGUUGUCACUCUGUCCAGCUGGAGCCCGUUCCCCUCCUCUUGUGUCCACCCUGUGACCUCCCCUCUGUGUGGGUGCUGCCCUUCCUACACUUAGACCCAUUCUUAGGAACACUCUUCCUUUGAUGGUGGCCCCAGGGUCACAGCCACCCCGACUUCUUAUUGGCAUGAUUUCAUUUUUCCCUCGCCCCAACUGCGAAAUCAAACCAAACAAUGCCUUAGCGAUGCCCGCUCCCUGGAGAGCCGUGUGUCCCGCACCCGACCGCGCCAUGCAGCCUCCGUGAGCACGAGGCCAUGCUGUUGUUUCUAUUUCUUAGUACAGGGAUAUUUUUUUUUUAAAUUUUGGCUGCCUAAUGUAAAUAUACUGCAAAUCAAGGCAAGCCUUGGCUUGCUUCCCCCAACCCCCAGUGCUGAGCACAGUGCCCUUUUAUAACUGAACCAUAUGAUCCAACAAGUAGCCAAGCUCUUUUACUGUUUACAGUGGCCCAGUGCUCAAGCCCUGAGCCUUUCCUCCUGCCCCCCAAGCUCCCACCAUGGGCCCAGCCCAAGGGCGACUUGAUGAUAAGAGUUCAGUAUUUCCCCUGCAAGUCAGACACAUAAGCACCUCAUUUUUUUUUUAUAGUAAAUUAACCAAUUCUGGCUCAAGAGAUCGUUUUCCUCUCCCGAGUUCGGACUUCCUGUGGGAAACGGGAGAAGAAAAAGUACAGAUCCAAAUGUGUUGUGAAGUGAGCCAGAGCAGUAGUGCAAUGGGUCCAACACUUACUUUACAUGUGGCAGAACCCGGGUUCAAUCCCUGGCACCAUUUGUGGUCCCUCAAGCUCGCCUGGAGUGAACCCUGAGUGCAAAGCCAGGAAUAAUCCCUGAGCACCACCAAGUGUGGCCCCAAAACCAAACAACAACAACAUCAACACAAUGUAUUGUGGAGUAUCUGCCUCCAAUCCCCAGGGACCCCCUCGCAGGCGUUGACAACCUACCAGCAUCCACAGGCAAAAUCCCCUGCUCUGUACUCAACAGCCCACGCUGCAGCCUCUCUCAGAGAAGGGGUGGGGACAAAUGCAGCAGCCCCUGAAGAUGCCCCGCCAGGACCGGACAUGUCAGCACACAUGUUUUAUUCCCCUGGAGCAGGUCGGGGAAUGGAAGUGUGUCCUUGUGGGUCGCCUACCCCUACCUGCCCCCCAUCCCUGGAGAGGAAGGAGAGAACAGAGGGAAACUGGUUCCUGAGCAGUGCUCCCGGCCUCUGCGGCGUGGAGGUGGAGGAGGAGAGUGGGGACGAGCAGUGGAAAACAGGGCUCCUGGGUAGCUCUCGCGUCAAACCUUAAUGCCAUCACCCCACACCACGUGGUCGCCACACGCGUCAUUGGUUAGGCGAGGUUUGGCCUCACCUGGCUGCGUCCUAGCUAUAGUCUGCAGGAAAGAUCAAGGAGGAGCUUCCUCGUUCCAGACAGACACACCUGAGCAGGGUCCAGCUCCCUUCCAGGGCCUUCAGACCCGCCAGCUGGCCACCACCAGGUCACUGGCUGAGAGGCCAGUGCUCUGCUCUAAGAACAGUUGAUUGAUUUAUUUUUUCCCCUGUUGAUUCUGGAAGGUUACCAAAUGGUCAGAAUCCACUCCCCUCCCCUCCUAGCUGUAUAAAGUCACGAGUCUGAUCAGGAAGAUCACGGCCCUAGACAAAGAACAGCCCUUUUCCCAGGAGCCCGCCCCAGUGAGGAGGUUACAUGUUUGUGUUCUGCACCACUGGCAAAGAAGGAAAAUGAAAAUGAUUCAAGGACAUAGGGAAGAGCAGAAACCAAAAAAAUUGUGAUUAGGGAGAAAUCUCAGGAAUCAGGCUUCCUCUCUCCUCGAGACCAGUCACUAGAUCAUACCCUUCCAUGCCCUGACCCAUACCCACACCCUUCCAUGCUCUUUAACCCAUGCCAUGCGCUGGGUUCCCUCUGACAGGUGUAGCCUCCCCAACACCCCCCCUUCCUCCCUGGAACAUUCUCGCUUGACCCUGUUAUCUGCGAGAGCCCCCAUAUUUCACCUGUGUUUUAUAUUUAUUGAUGUUCUCUCUGCAGAUUCUGUUCUUUGUACCUAAUAAACUUUAAUAUGUGGA